AUGGCCAAGAAAUCGAAGACUAAGGUGGACACCAUCAACACCAAGAUUCAGCUGGUGAUGAAGUCUGGUAAAUACGUGCUUGGUACACACCAGGCGAUCAAGACACUUCGUCAGGGACGCAGCAAGCUCGUCGUGAUUGCCGCCAACUGCCCACCUAUUCGCAAGGCAGAGAUCGAGUACUACUGCACGCUGAGCAAGACACCCAUGCACCACUACACUGGAAACAACCUCGAUCUGGGUACAGCCUGUGGCCGUCACUUCCGCAGCUGCGUGCUGUCCAUCACGGACGUUGGUGAUUCCGACAUCACUUCCGCGUAA